AUGGCGCUUCGAGCCCUCAGCAUCGUCGCCCUCGCCGUACUGCUCCAAGACGCCGGCGCCUGCUUUUCGGCAGGCGUCUGCGGCGGGGGCUGCUGUGGAGGCGGAGGCGGCGGCUGCGCACCUCCACCACCACCGCCGGUAUGCGGCGGCGGAUGUGGGCGCGGCUACCAGUGCGGCCAGUACGGCUGCUACCGCAUGCGCGCCAAGGUCAGCGGCGCGAAGACGCUCAACGUGCUGCAGGAGGGGAACAAGGACCAGCUCGCCCAGUUGACGCCCGACCAGAAGUUUAAGUCUUGUUGCGAGGAACGAGAGCUGCCAGACGGCUGCCUGUCCAAAUGCACGUACCGUACUUUCACGCGCAGCGCGCUACAGGCGAUGUACUUCAAGAGCGACGCGUGCCCAAUUCAGGCUGCCGCGGAUAUCCAGUUCUGCGCCGCACAGGGCCGUGACCACAGAGAUUGCUGCCAGCGCAAUGGUGUAACUACAACCCUGGCAGGCGAGAAGUGCCUGGUCUUCUGCGAUCAGCGACCCGGAAACGUCACCCAGCUCGACCUCACCUAUCUGCCUUGCCUCGAGCAUUUCGAUAAUAUGAAGAGCUGCUUUUGGUUCGAUAUGACGCAUGGACCUGGCGCCUCACUUCCGCCUGCUGCCCUCCCAAGCCGCCUGGCGCACCAACCUCGAAAAAUCGCCUACUACCGUACCUCCGAGGAGAAAUUCGCCUUC